AUGUCGAUAGAGCAAACCGGUAGCGUGUCGUGUUAUUUGCCGUGUGACACACCAUCAGUGGCUAUCGGCAUUGUUUGUAAUCACCAUUUUUGUUGGGAUCAUUUUCGUGAACAUCGUCAAACCUACGAGAAAUAUUUGGAUGAUGCUGAUAAUAAACAACAGCCGCUGUCUAACUGUUUGGUUGCAUAUAAAAAUAUUGAAAGUAAACUUCGCUCAACUAUCGAUCAUUGGGAAAGCCAGGCCAUAGAUGAUAUUCACCGAUCAGCCGAGAAUGCUAGAAAAACACUCGCAAAUCAUAUAGAACAUUGUCGAUCUCAUUUCGAAGAAGAAUCAUCGACAAUAACAGGUAGCAAAUAA